AACAAAAAUUUAUUGUCAUUUAUUAGAUUGGAAAUGCAAAUCUUUAUAUAUUUGUAAAUACGACAUUUACUCUAGAACUAAGCGGGCGAACAUUUAUUUGUAUUAAAAUGGUUGUGCCGAUGCCAAACCCAACCAAAGACUUAGUUCUUAAACUUAUGGCCGAAAAAGAGAGGCUCGAAUCCAGAAUAUCGGAAUAUGGUAAUAUUUUAGCGAGUAAUAACAAUGUUGGAAUGCAAGGACCUUUGUUGGACGCUGAUGGCUUUCCGCGGAGUGAUAUUGAUGUUUGCCAAGUGCGGCAAGCGCGCCAACAAAUAAUUUGCCUACAAAAUGACCAUAAAGCGUUGAUGAAGGAAAUAGAAAAAAAUAUGCAUAAGUUGCACGCAGAAGCAGCGGAAGAACAGUCACAAAGCUUGUCACACAAAGCAGCUGGGAUGCACUUGGAAGAUGAUAAUGAAUUGUCCAAUACUAAUAGUGAACACAGUGUGUUGCCAACAGCGCAAGUUAUAGUCAAAGUGAAUAUGAUAAGUCGUGGCUCGCCGGCUGAAGAAGCUGGUAUGCAAGUUGGUGAUGAGAUAUUGGAAUUUGGCACAGUUAACUCCAGGAACUUUCAAAAGGAUCUAAGCCAAAUCGGCGACAUUGUACGCCAUAUGCAAAAUCAAAGAAUUCCAUUGAAAGUACAGCGUGCAGGUCAACACUUGGAUCUAAUACUAAUACCUAAAACAUGGGGCGGCCGCGGACUUCUGGGAUGUAAUAUUGUAUUACCAGAUGCUUAAAUAGCUGCUAAUACCUGUUUUGCAUUACUGAAAUUCUAUGAUAUUAAAAAAUUUAUAUAAAACUCAAAAGCUUAUAAUAUAUGAAUUCAAAUACUUACAAGCAA